AUAAAAAGUUUGUCGUUCCACCUAAGAGGGCUCCUUCAUGGAGUCUCAUAGUUUUCUCACCACACUUGACAUUAUCUGCGAAACAAUGACUAUAUAUAUAAGAAUCGCGGAUAUAUUGACAAACGAAGAAUAAUGACUGUCUCCUAAAGUCAGGGCCAGAUAAAAAGGGAUUUACUGUCAAACACCCGGGUUUUGGUGGAGUUCUCACUUAUCUAUAUUGGUGGAUUGAUUGGGUGAAAAGGCCCUGUGCCUGACUUUUUGGACUUUUUGCUUGCGGAAAGAACUUGGGGAUAUAUUUCACAGUUGAUGUUUGAAGUUCCUUUUUCGACUUUUUUUUUUUGGUGUGUGCUGUUUUAUUCAGUGAAUGAUCAAUCAUUUUUGGUGGAUUUUUUUCUUUUAUAAAAAGGAUAUUUUCAAACACCUUUUCUCAAUUGUUCUCUGACCUAACGGAUUUUGGAUGUAAACUACUUCUGCUAAACCUGGUGUGCGAGAAUCUGUACCUUGUGACACGUUGGCUAGACUUGAAUUGGAAGUAUUCUCUUUCUCUUUUUUUUUCACACUGAUAAUCGGAGAUUGAUUACAUUUGUGUAUUUAAUUUAUAUUCCAUUUAAAUUCUCUCAAGAUUUGGUAAGAUACGGAGAAUUUUUACAAUAGUGAUUAUUUACUACUAUUGUAGUCGGCAAGUACCAAGUUGACUUAAACUUUUAACAAGGAAACGAAUCAAUAUAAUGAGAAGUAUUAAAAUGCAUUUUAUUUGAAUUCGCUUCUUCAUGAUAAUUGUUCUUCUAGAUCAUUAGUCUGUGCAAACUUAAUAGCAUUAAAUAAGGAAGGCCGGCUACUUCGGAAUGUUUAAUUGAAUCAAUUAUUGAUUGGAAACUCAUACAUUAUGAAAUUGAAUGUGCUGUAAAAGUUUGUGUGAAUUUUUCGUUCUUCUUAUGUUUUUAAGAGGCCUCUUAUUUAAACAUUUGAUAGUUUCUGUCAAGUGAAGUUUGUUAUCAGAAAUUUGAUCAAGUGGGGAUUUUUGUCAAACAGCUAAAGAAGUUUUAAGUUUUAGAGCAGACAUCAAAAGGAAGAGAAAAAAAUUGUAAUGUGUAAUGUUGGAUUAUCCUCAGUGCAACAGUUCUUAAAAGUUGAUGAAACAACACUGAACUUCGAUGCAAAUAAACUCCCCAUCUUUCUAAUUCUCUAACACAAAGGACUUGAAAUAUAUUCUCUAACCAUGGACAAACUGCCUAAGAUAGUUCCAAAUCGGACCACCUCCCAGCCUGUUUAUAGCAGCCUGCUGAGGGACAACUCCAGUGAGAGGAUGAUUAGCUCCCCGCUGUCCCUCCCACCCCCUCAAGAGUUCAUGUCAUUUAACGGAUUACGCGAGCUGCACUCUGCUCCAGGGUUCAAUGAUGAACAUCUACCUGCAGAAUUGAUCUACGACUCGGAUGAUGAGGAGUUCUCGGAUGUCGGAUCUUGGAUAGAGGGAGAGUUGGAUGAGGAAGACUUGAUGGAGGAAAUUGGCAAUAUGAUUCCAUUUGAACUGUAUACUAAGAUUUUAAAGGAAAAAGAACGGAAACAUAAUUCCGAUUCAGAUGAGGAGAGCAGCUUCAGCGACAAAGACAAGACCCAGAGGUUGGAGGAACAGAUCAAACUUCAUCACCUCCAUCUGUUGAUGAAAGCUUUCCAGGAACACAGACCAGGUGACAUCAUCAAGCAGGCGGGGUCGGCCUACUUCCCGGCCAAGGUUGAGAAGAGGACACCAGGGGCCAUGAACCUCGAGGAGUUCAAGGCCACUGUGGCUCAAGUGCUCAAAACUAAUGAGUAUGAAGAAUACCUGGAAAAAUUAUUCACUAAGCUUGACACCUCUCUAGAUGGCUAUGUGGAUUGGAAUGAGUUCUGUACCUACAUGCUUCUGUUGUACAGGGAAAACGACUACAUGAGGACCAAGAGAGAAAUCCCUUUCCUUGUGGAACCCAAACUCAGACACAUAGUGCACAAUAGGCAAGAACAAACAACAAAGAUGGUGGCCACAACAGGGACAGUACGAUAUAUCACCAUUAGCAAAGAGGGAGUGGUGAAUGUAUGGCAACCCAGUCUAAACUACGUAGAGAAAUAUUACUCCAUCAGUAAUGACGAGAGUGACUCGUCUGGUCAAAAGAGGCGCUUCAAGACCUGGGUAACAGACGCCAUCUUCUUGCCCAACUGUAAUAAACUGGUUAUCGGCUCCACGAGUCGAGAUAUUCGAUUCUACGACUGUUCCACAAAUCAACAUUUCGAGGAGUUUCAACUGUUUGCUAUGUCAGAUGUCCCCUACUGUUUCGACUACUGGUACGAUACAAAGAACCCUAGUAACCCGUCCAAACUUAUAUUUGGGGUUGAUACUGGCUAUAUUCACACAAUGACUUUUAAGAAGCCGGUUUCUCAGCUGUUUGAAACACCAUUCAAGAAUGAUGAAGGGGUACAGAAAAUUUUCUGGAGUGAAAUAGAAAAAGGACAACAGUCCCAGUUUGUGUCCCACGAGAAGAUUUCCCACGGGGACCCCACCCUGCAGGUUCUCCCCGACAUUGUCAAACAGGUCAUGUACCUCCCCGACAACGAUUACAUCAUCUCCUCCACCAGCAGCGCCCAACAGUCACUGGUUAUCUCCCCUGCUGACAGGAAGGACUUCAAGAAAUCCUACGUCUUCAACAUUGACAAGGGCAUCGAGUCUUUCGAUCACAAUAAGAACUUGAAUAUCCUGGUGACUGGCAGUCUGGAUCAUGUGGUUCGGAUCUGGAAUCCAUAUGUUCCAGCCAAACCAAUGGCAGUGCUCCAGGGUCAUGCCACAGGGGUCAUGGGGGUCAAAAUCCAUGAGGGACUGGUCCAAGUUUUCAGUUAUUCCAAAGAUGCUGUGAUCAAAGUGUGGGACAUCAAGGAACACUCUUGCCUUCAAACAGUGGUGCUCAAAUUUCCCAGCAGUAUCCAUGGCAGAAUGCCUGAACACGGCACCUUCCCCAUGCACAUGCAGCCAGCUCCCCACAAUGCAUUGCUGGUGACCUGUAAUGACUACAUAGGCAUGCUCAAACUUGGACACACUUCACAACCAAAAAACCUGGACGCAGUUACCCAUGAUUCCCAGCUUUGUGGGGCAAUUUACAACAAAACUUUUAAACAGGUGGUAACAGGAUGCGACUCCUCAAAUGUUGCAGUCUGGGAGUUGGAGAGUGGGAACAAGGCCAUUGUGUUCUCCAAUGCUCACGGUGAUGAAGAAAUCACUUGUAUGGCCUUUGAUGAGAGCUACAGAAGGCUGCUCACUGGAGCUAGGAAUGGAACAAUCAAGGUAUGGAACUUCCAGAAUGGCCACAAUCUUCAUAAACUGGAAUCUGUGUCGGAGGCUGAGGUUACAGGGAUCUUCCCUUGUGCCGACAGGAAGAUCAUCAUCUCAGUGGGAUGGAGCCGGAAGAUAGCGGAGUAUGAUGACUCAGAUCCUGAUAACAUGUAUAUUCCUGCAAAUCUAGGGUGGAAGGGAGGACAAAUUCACCAAGAUGAUAUUCUGUCCAUGGACUAUGCCUCUCCCAACUACCUGGCCACAGGGGGGUAUGACGGAGAGAUUGCUGUGUGGGACACAGAGACAGAGAAAAUGUUAAUAAGGCUACGCAAAGGACAGCAGGCAGACAUACUAAAGAAGAUUGAAGCCAUGAAGGAGAUGAGUGUACUCAGUAAGAACAGUACUACCACCGAGUCCCAGAUGAGUGCUGAUGAUCACCCCCUGUCUCCCCUCAAAAUCCCCCGCCCCAACUCACGGCACAGAAAAUCUCACAGAGUCCCCAGAGGACAACCCUCUCCAGUAGACAAACUUCUGUUCCUUCCCUCCCGCCUCACCUCCAAAACCUCCGACGCUGCCAUGCUCAUUUCCAGCGAGGCUGGCUACCUCCAUUGGUGGGCUUUGUUUGGUGCUAAACAUGAAGUUGGCUAUUUCUAUGCUCCUGACAACAAGGAUGAGUCGGUGCUAGGACUGUGUACGGACCCUUCCAAUGAUAAUCUGUACUCAGGGGACACGACCGGUAACAUCAAGGUCUGGGACAUCAGUGGCUACUGUAGGCAUGCUGAGGAGAGGAGAAUCAAGACCAGUCCUGAGUUAAUCAGAAGCUGGCGAGCUCAUGACUCGAGUAUCGUGAGCCUUGAGUUUGUAGAGCAUGAGGAUGGAAACUACAUUGUGAGUGCCUCCACCGACCAAACAGCCAGACUCUGGUCCACAGAGGGACACUAUGUGGGAACAUUUGGCCAAAAAAAAUCAUGGAACUUGAAGAACAAAUUAACUUGGGCUCAUCCAAAGACUCCUUGGUCCACAAAGUCUACCUCCUCAGCCGACAGCAGGAAAAACAGGAACCACAGUAAAUCAGACUCCACGUCCAGUGUGAAAACCUCGAGCAACGGCGAGCCAGGAAAGGAAGUCUCAGGACCAGUGGUCAAUGGGAUCUCCCGGGAAACCACACAGAAUGGGGAAAUGGAAAAAUCCAGCAGGGAAAAGGGGAAGGGCCUGCAUGAUGAGGAGGAGGAGGGUUUAAAUGGUGAGGGAGAGGAUACAAUAGACUCAGAUUUCAGUCUGGGUAUUAGGUCCCAGUCCUUUGCUACAGGCCCGCCAAAAGUUGAAAGAUCUCAGACAUUCCUUGGUGCUAAGGUUGCUCAACAGUUGCAGACCAUUAAAGAAUCGCGGAUAGAUCGCAGAAUCCGACUCAGCAAAGAUGUCAACUUCAAGGACAUACACAAGUUUGGCAAGAUCUGUUCUCCCUACCGAGCCCUUAAUACAAAAGAUGUUGAAGAAAUCAAAAUCCCAACCAUUUUACCAAUGAGCCAGAGGAUGAUGAAUAAGGGCUAUGAUCCAGAGAACAUGAACACAGACACACUAAAAAGCAUGGACUUUUCUUACGGUAGCCCUGACUCGCCCCCUAGUGGUGACCAGACAGGGGAGAGAAGCAAGGACAGAACUCCCAUUAAGUCUCAAACAGCGGGCACGCACAGGAAACCGGCCAGACUGGCACCUCUGAAGAAGACUAAUACUGUCAUGUGAGAGAGAGAGAGAGAGUUCAAAUAAGAGAGAAAGCUAGCUGACUACUAGAUUACAAUGAAAGAUUUUUGACCAGCUACACGCCUAUGUUUGUGAAUAUACAUGUACAUUUAAUACCUGCACAAUCUACGCAUGAAUUUAUGUAACGUGUACUUGCAAAAACAGGGAUGGACAAUUUUCAAGUACUGCUGGAUACAAGUUUGUCAUAUCUACCUACAACAAUCUUGUGGUUUCUGACAUUGGUUGAAUUGUUGUUAGUUUUAAGUGCUAGUCACUGCCAGUUCCCAUUAAUCCAUCUACAUUUUAGUUGAUAAAAUUGUAUUGAACUUAUCAUAUUGAUAUAUGGAUAAAAAAUAAUUUUGAAUACAAACGUGUAAAUUUUGGGGGUUUUUGACAGCCAAGACAAAAAUUUUUUUAUUUCAAUCAAACAAUUAGGGGAAUGAUGAUGCUGAUAAUGACUGAGAUUUUUUUUAAAAAUCCAACUAAACUGGUGCGUAAGGUAUAAAAGAAUUUUUUAUUUUUUUUAAAUGCCCAUUGUCUUUCAUGUAGCACAUUGUGAUGUUAUAAUUUAUUAGUUACAUUUUAAAUAUUUUAUUGAGAACGAUAUUGUGAUAUUUUUUUUUUGUUCUGCUUUUCAGCAAUUUUUACUUGCUGAGCAUUGCAGUAUAUUAUCUACUCUAGAAAUUUUUAAAAAUAAUAAAAAUUGUUAUAAAUUGU